UUGUGGAAAGCUAGCUAGCUUUGUUUAUGUUGCUAAUCUUGUCAUAGUAAUAUUUGACUGAACUUGAAAAUGUCAUGUGGUGCGACCAAUUAUCAUGUGGUGCGACCACUGCAGAUUGUUUUCCAUCAUAGAUAUAUGACCUAGAUUGGCAGUUUUUGUGCUUGUUAUAUUCAAUUGAUGAUUGAUCAACAUUAAGUACUUAAUUUUUAUUAUUAUUUUGACUAUUUUUUGGAUAUUUGAUGAGUCAUUUUGCUAAUAUUUCAGAAAUAAUGGUUAGUUCAUCUUUGUAAAAUAUAAGAAAAAAUAGUAAAAGCAUGCAAUUUCACUUGGGUAUUUAUGCAGUUAUUAGCAAUUUAUUAAUUAUUAUUUGUCUAUUUAACUCAUUUUAAUUUAUUUUACCAGAUGCCACUGCCAAGCAAAGUUAAAAGCGCUCGCCACAGGCAGCGUGUCAACUCUGACCCCACAGCAAGAGCAGAGUACCUUGCCAGGAGAAGAGAAAGCUACCAGAGAAGGAAACUGCAGGGGAAGAUUCCAUAUGUAAAGGCAAGUGAGCUACCAGAGAAGAUGAAAAAGAAACAGAGAGAGAAAUGGAGGGCAGCAUCCAGUGCUUACAGAGAAAGAAAAAAUAUGGCAAAUGCUGUGUUAGGGUUAGGGUUAACCUUACUCCACCAUCCAUGGAGAAUAUUCCACCAGUUCUGGUUGGUGUAGAUGUUGCCCAAGAACAGCCACAAGAGCAGCCAGAGCAGCCGCCUGUGGAAGACCCCAUGCCUCUAAAUGAGGAUUUUAAUCCACCGGUGUCCUCCACACCAGAGAGGAAUAAAAGAAAGAAUACAUCAGCAGAAAAACGUUGCAAAAAACUGCAGGGACAGAAGUGUCAACUGAGAAAGCAGGUCUUACAUCUGAAGAAACAGCUAGCAGAGAUGAAAAAACUGAGGGAUAAAUCCAGAAAGAGUGAGAAGAGGUUAAUGGGAAAACAAACAGUAGGCCUAAGUGAAAAAUUCAAGCCAAGGGGGCACAAGAAACUGUCAACAAAAAGAAAGCAAGCAGUUAUCAAUUUCCUGUCCAGAGAUGAAAACAGCCGUCUGUUAGCAGGGAAAAAAGACACCAUUACCAAAAAUAAACAGAAAAUGCAAAGAAGAGUUCUAACAAAGCCCCUGAUUGAGCUCCAUGCUCAGUAUCAAACAGAGGUGGAACAGGAUCUCUCCAUGUCUUACCGACAAUUUGUCAGAAGACGGCCUUUUUAUAUCACAGAGCCAAAGACCAGUGACAGAGAUACAUGUGCAUGUGUGGAACAUGAGAAUGUCCGGCUACUGAUUAACAAACUUACCAAGAGAGGGCUGUUGAAGACAACCAGCAUCUCAGAAUUAUUGAAUAUGAUUGUUUGUGACCCUAAAAACAAAGCAUGUAUGGAUCGUGUAUGCCCAAAGUGCUGCUUUGAUGAAGUCGAAUUACCUGAGACCCUCUGCAGAGGUUUCUUGGGAACAAUGGGAGCGAGUAACUUCAACAAAUGGAGAGAAAGUCUUUGCAAAUGUCUUAAAACAAACACAUACAGGGACAAUCAAGGACUUAAAAGUGCUGUUCCACAAAAAGCUAGAAUGUAUAGCCAUACACCAGUUCAACUGGAUCCACCAAACAGAAAAGUUUCGUGGCCUAAAACAGAAUCUCACAGAAGCUGAAGCAGUGCUUCACAUUGAUUUUUCUGAAAACUACUCCUGCAAGUUGAGUACAGAUAUUCAAGCUUAUCAUUUUGGAGGCAGCAGAAAGCAGGCCACAAUACACACCGUUAUUCUCUACACAGUCCAUGGGACAAAAUCAUACGCAACGCUAUCAGACAGCCUCCGCCAUGACGAGAGGGCAGUAUGGGCACACCUGGAGCCCAUACUGAAAGAGCUUCGCACAACCUACCCAGAGAUUACAGCCCUACAUAUAAUUAGUGACGGACCUGUUACACAGUACAGGAACAAAGCUAACUUUUAUCUCCUCAGUACUGUGCCUUUCCUUUAAGGGUUCAGGCAUGUUACAUGGAACUAUUCGGAAAAGUCCCACGGAAAGGGUAUGGUAUCGGAUGGUGCAGUGAAGAGGGAUGCAGAUCUCUAUGUUCGUCGGGGAGGUGAGCUGCAGGCUCCACUGGAUUUGUAUGAGAUGCUGACCAAAAAAUCAGGGUCGACCAUUACUCAUUACUGGGUAAGCGAAGAGAGCAUCCAGAAAUAUGAUGAGCUGAUUCCAGGGAAAUUGACAGCUGUGAAGGGAACCUUAAAAAUACACCAGGUUUUGUCUUCACAAGCUGCACAAAUCAGUCACAGUGAGGUCUCGUGCUUCUGCAAGCAUGCAGAAAUGAAGACAUGCCUAUGUUACCAGCCAGUGAAAGUAGAUUUGAGGAACACCACCGACGAUCCCGUAAGCGCUCCUGAGCCACCAAAGAAACAACCUCUUCAAGACUUGAGUGGAAAGUUUGUCAUAGUCAGCUAUGAUAAACUUCCCUAUGUUGGCCAGGUCCUUCAGGUUGUUGUGGGAGAGGAAGUACAAGUUACCUCCAUGCGAAAGUCAGGAGAAAAUAACUUGUUCAUGUGGCCACAAGUGCCAGAUAUUAUAUAUUACUACAAGAAAGAUGUUCUCUUUGUCAUUGAAGAACCUGAGCCAGCAACCUCACGCUACUCAAAGUUGACCAGCCAAGAUUGGGCAAAGUUCAAAAAGACCUGGGGUUAGCGGCACACACGCACACACACACACACACGGUUAGAUUUUUAUCAGAAAAUCAAAAAAAUGUUUAUGAAAUGAAAUGUUUGUUUUCAUGUUUGAAAUGUUAAUAAAGUCUGGUUGAAAUUUGCAUGGAAUUAAUUGUUUAUUGGUCUCUUUAAAUAGAUUUUUAAUGAUACAAGGUCUUCACGUCAUUUGGCGCGACCACCCAUCAUGUGGUGCGACCAAUAAUAACAAUACCUAUAUCAAAUACAAACUAAAAUAUCUAAUUUCUGUAACUAAUACUUUAAUAACUGAUACAAUAUGCUUAAGUGAAAGGUUAUUUUAAAACAUUUUUAUCAUUAUUAUCCAAUUUAAAGAAAAAAUGUGUUGGUGAACUACAUUUAAUGUAGCGACUGUGACAUUAUAUAUUUACA